AUGUCGUCAAAUGUUCGUAAAAAAAUUGUGUUGGUGUUUAUUUUGGUGUUAAAUGGUAUUUUUGUAGAUAAUGUUUCCCUUACUUUUUGUGUUAACGCCUUGGAGGUUGGGCAAAAAAUCGAUGAUGUGCAGUCCGAACAAAGAAAUAAAGAUAAGGAAGAAAAUGGCAAAGUAGAGGAGUCCAAAAACCAAGUCCUAUCAAGCCAAAGCACUGACUUUCAUAACUUCAAAUACGUGAGAGCAAAGGCUGAAAAACCUGCAACUAUUAGGCUAGAAGAUGACAAAACAGAAUCCCCCACAUUUCAAACAAAUCCCACAGUCAUUCCAUCCUCCAGAGUUUUCGAGGAAUUAAAUGAGAGGAAUUUACAAAAUUUACGAAUGAUUCAAAACAGAACAAAGGAUACACUUUUGUUAAAACAUAUCGAAAAAGAUGCCUCAUUCAAUUGGCCGGAUGAAAAUGUUCUAGAAUGGAAACAUUUGCGUCAUAAUGAACAAAAUUAUUACCUAGGUCGUUGCCUGAAUGAAGUUCUUGUUGUUCUACAUGAUAAAAUUCUAUGUGUCAUUAAAAUCAAUUACACCAUACAGUCCCUGGAAACCCACACCUAUUGGAAUUUUGAGGAGGAACGUCAAGAGGGUAUAAUUCUCGUUGCCACCGAAAAACAGGUUUUAUGGUUCAAACACUUUGUCAAUCAAAAGUUUGAAUUGUUUGCCAAGUGGACUUUGAAUGACUAUAUAAAUCAAAUGGUGCAUCUGUCUGUGAACUCAGAGGAUUAUAUAUUCCUGUGCUACAAUGAAUCGUAUGUGGAUGUAUUCAAUUUCGAUAUUAAAACCAAAAAUGUAAAGUUGGCCCAGAGCAUAGAUUUGGAGACACCAUGUGAUGAUAUAGCUUUACUCAAAACUGGUUUGGAAGUUAUUUUGGCCAUACCUCAAAACAAUAAAAUCUUAAUAUAUGUCUUCAAACAUCAGGAAUAUAUAGACCAGCCUCUUAAAUUUCAUUUUAAAGAGUUGAUUGUCACUGAAAACUUCCACUCCCUCAGAGCAUUCAGAAUAACUGAUAAAAAUUAUUUGGCCUUGAGUGGAAGUCAGCCUAGAAUUUUUCUUUAUCGCGAUGGCAGCUUUGAACCCAUUGUAGUUUUUGAUGAAUCUUUUGGCUUUGUAGAUUUGUUCCUACCUAUACCCGUAAAAGGUUAUCGGGAUGACAUGAUACUGCUAUUGCAAUAUAAUUACAACAAUUUUACCUCCAUUGAAGCUCUCGUAUGGAAUGGGGAAUCAUUUUCAUCAAAUCUACCAGUAUUUUGCCUUAAAAAUUCCCAAAAACUUGCAGUUCAAGAUUGCCUUUUAAAUAAUAAUCUUAAAGGUGCCAUGGCUGUAUCAACCCACAAAGCCCAGGUAUCGCUUAUUGUGCCUUCAGUAGAAGGCAAAUCUCAGCUUUUGCAUUUUCAUUUGGAGAUUAUGGCCAGGAAUUCAGAACUCCUCAGUUUGCAAGAAGCUUUUGAAUUUUUUAAGGCCUGGGUUCAUAUGAGAAAUGAAAUGGUGGCUCAAGCUCUACUAUUUUUGGAUAUGCCUGAAGAUGUUCUAUGCCAACAAAUGGCUAAUCAAAUACCCACUGUGGAGCAUUUAAAAACUCCAGAAUUUCAAUUUAAUGGUGAUGUGGAGGAGAUAUUUCUAAACGAUUACAAAUGGUCUCCCCAGGAUAGUGCAGUUGAUUUGAACGCGCUGCUGGAUAGCGUCCAAAAUUUGGAAAAUUCGGUUGUACCCUCCCGGCAAAGAAGAGAAUUGGAGAAUGUCUAUCAAGAAUUACAUUUGGAUUCUCUGCAAGUUGAUGAACUAGAAAUUGAAAAUCUUAAUGGUCAAACCUUUUACAUACAAAAUGGAGUUUUAAAUUUUCCUGGUGAGUUUUUGGUUUCCGAAUUGGAAGUUCUGGAUAGAGUGCUAGCACCUCAAAAGCGGCAAUUAUCCGAAGAUAUUGAAUUGGAUGGUGAUCUUGAGUUUGAUUAUAUCAAUGACCUUAAGUGGGAUGAAUUAAUGAAAAAUUUGGUUUUAAGAAAUGAAGAACAGGAAUUGGAAUCACUGCUGGUGGAAGGGGAUAUUGUUGUCGAAGAUGUUUUAAAAAUACAAACUUUAAACACUUUGGCCUUUCCCGAUGAUUAUCUAGUGGCCAAUGGUCCACGUUCGUCUAUAGUAAAGGCAGAGAAAUAUUUCAAUAAUACCUUAUCCGCCAAUUCAGUAGACACGGAUGGCUUUAUCAAUGGCCAAAAUCCGGUGGAAGCUAUAUCUCUAAAUGAUGGACAAGAAUGGUUGGGAUCAGCGGUAUUUAAUCAAUUGGAAGUAACGGAGAUUUUGGAGCUCAAUGGCACAGUUCAUGGUCGUAAUGUCGAUAAUGUUCCCGCCAAUCCCACCUUGUUGGAAUCGAAUAUUAUAGAAGCUUCUUGUGUCUUCAAUGACUUGGAAGUCAAUGGACCCAUAGUACUUAAAGGCAAUUUAGAUGGACAACCUUUGGGUGAAUUGCUGCAGGAUAUUCUACAAAAACCCGAAGAUCCUAGAGAAGAAAUCUUGGUAACUUCAGCAAAAUCAUUUUCAUCUAUAACCUUGCCCUUGGACUUUGAAUUGGAGGAGAAUAGAAUCAAUGAAAUACCAACGGAAAAAUUUGUCACCCUACAUACACCUCAAACCUUGGAAGUUAGCAGCUUGGAGGGCUAUGUCUACUUUUAUAAUUUAACACUUCAAGGUCUUUAUGAUGGUAUAAAUAUUGAAAAUGUCUUGAGAGAAGUCAUAAGGCUUGAUAAGCCUUUGGAUUUGAGCACCACUCAGUUAAUUUUCGAAGAAGAGCUGCAAGCAGAAAAUUUAAUAAUUCUCGAAAGAAUCAAUAACCUGUCUAUAAAAGAUAAUCUGCAGCUAUUGAAUGAGGGUUUGCAUAUACAGAAUGCUGAAUUUGAGCAUUUGCAAGCCACAACUGUGGAAUUUAUACAAGACAUUGUGGGUCCCGGCAAGCUCAACAACAUUGAAUUGCAUGAUUUUGUCACAGAUCGUUCUUGGCAUGCUCCACCCAUACAGGGAAAUCUUUUCCUCAAUGAAUUAAGAGCGGCACAGGGCUUGCAGGCCGAUGAAUUGCAUGGCAUAAAUGCUGAAAUUCUUUUGGAUUUUCUAAAAAAUAUUGAAGACAUGCCUGAAAUGGUUUUAAAUGGCCAAAUACAAGUGGAUCACAUUAUGGUUACCGGAGAUGUGCAGGCCCAGAAACUCAAUGGUCAACUGUUUGAUGAGGAUAUACAGAUGACAGCCAUAUGGCUAAAUCGUGCCAAUCAUUUGACUCCUACCAUAAGCUUUAAAAAUCCCUUAGAUAUUCAAGGAAAUUUGAUAAUUCAAGGCAAAUAUCAAGAGCUUAAUAUGCCUGAAUUUAUGGCAGAUAUAGUUAUGAGGAAUUACAAUGAAUCUUUUGCCAGCAUAAAAGCUCCCAAACAUUUUCUCAAGCCUGUCUAUGUAUUGCGCAACACUCAAGUUAAGGCCUUAAAUGGAGUGCCUUUUGAUAAUAUAGCUUUGAAGACCAAAGCAAACCAUUUUCCAGGAACUGUCAAAGUCAAGGGCAAGUUGAUAACGCCCCACUUGGAAGUUCAAGGUCAAGUAAAUGGUGCAGACUUAAAGAACAUGGAAGAUAUUUUAUAUUAUGAUCCUCAAUGGCAAAAUUUUGUACUCAAAGGAGAAGUGCGCUUUGAAAAUCCAAUUGCAGUGGAAGAUUUAACUGUGAUGGGCGAUUUUAAUGAGUUAAGAAAUUUAAGUGACUUCUUUAGCCAAGUGAUUUAUAAGUCUGGACCAUGCCGUUUGCAAGGGCAAAACAAUUUCACCGGUCGUGUUUCCAUAGAACAGGGAGCCUUUAUAGGUCAACUCAAUAAUUUGAAUGUGGAAAAUCUUUUCCAACAAUUGAUAUUCAUAAAGGGAACAGAACCUGUGAUCAUUACAUCACCUUUGUUAUUUGAAGAUGCUGUGAAAUUUAAUCAAAUUUCAAUACACAAAUCCUUGAAGACCAGGUUGUUGAGUGGAUGUUCAGUGGCUGAAUGGCUUAGUGAUACACUGAGAGCAAAUGAAGACCAUUAUAUACCAUAUUACUUACAAUUUUCACCGGGAGCCUUGGAUGGCAAUUCUCUUAAAGCCCACUUCAUCAACAAUUUGAAUUUAUCACGCAUUGUAACCCUAAAUACUCCUCAGGAAUUUGAAGAGACAGUACAAUUUUCAGAUGUUUACCUACAAGGUUCCAUACAAGUCAACGGUUCGGUUAAUGAUUUGGAUUUACAAGAAGAAUACAACAAUACUUUAAUGAUUUAUGGUGAUCAACAUAUAAUAACACCCUUAACCAUAGAAUCCAUACUUGUAUUACAAGAUCUUCAAAUUCUGGGUUUGGUUAAUGGCAAUAAGAAUUUGAGUGAUGUGGCCUUAUUAGGAGAAGAUUUAGAAAUACAAUCUCCCAUUUACUUUAAAUCUUUAUACAGUCCCCAUUUAAUCGCUAACGAUCUUGUAACAGGCAUUGAAUUAGACAAAUGGCUGCAAAGUGCUGUAAAAUCUCAGAGCCAGGAGAAACAAUACGUAACAGGAAAUUGGGCUGCCAGGUUAUUAACAGUUAAACAAGGCCCUAAUCAAUUUCAAUAUGCCAUUAAUGGCUACCAGCCUUGGCAAUAUAAUUCCUAUAUAAGAUACCCCAGAAGCUAUAGCGAUGCUGAACGAGAGGAGUUAUGCGAAAUGCUUAAGAGUUUAUGGAAGAAAAUCGAGCAGAAAUCGGUUAUGGUAAAAUAUUUGGAAGAAAGCUUUGUUAUGGAAUUCGAAAGCAGCAAAAAUGUUUCAAGAAAAAUAUUCCAUAUGAAUUAUGGCCUUAAGAAUUAUAUGCUUUUAAACGAGCAUUGUGUUUCCCAUAUUUAUUUAUGGAAUCCUGUAAAUGGAAACUUCACCCACCAUCUCACUUAUGAAUCGGGUCCUAUAGCCCAGAUAGUGGUUAUAACACCACGUAAUUCAGAGCAGCUGGAGUUUAUAACUAAUUAUGAAAACACAGAGCCACUAAAUUGCUCCAUCUCAAAGGGAGUAAAUGUGUGGAGCUCAAAGGAUGAUACCAUCAUAAAUGAAAGAACUUAUUUGGAGGAAGUUUCGGAUAUAAGUAUAGCCAACAAUAGGGAUUUAUCCUUGUUGGUCUUGGCCAAGGAUGUGGUGAAAGAAAUUGAUUUAAGAUCUUUCGAAACUUUAAACAAAUGGCGAUAUCCAUUUAAGCAAAGAAAGUAUAGUAGAAAUCUUCGUUUUUUGAAGUCAGAAUCAGAGGAUGAGGCUGGAAUUCUGAUAACCAAUGGUCUAGAAAUAGUAUCCCUAGGCCAAACCAUAGACGAGAAAAACUCCAAAAUCAAAAAGGAUAUUAUCAAUUUGUUUAUGCCUUCGUUCUUCCAAAUCCCCUCUUGGCUGGGUUAUCAGGAAUAUGAAACCAUUUCAAUGCUCAAACCCAAUAGAGCCAUAGUUAGGAAGUUGGCUUUGUCGGAUUUUAAACAAGUUUUGGAGCGCAUUCUUUUGGACUUAUCAGAAAAAUUAAAUCAAGAAAUUAAUAUCACCCAGCUAAGCAUACCGGAAUCUGAUUUAUUCGAUGAAUAUCUAAUACCAGACUUUGUGGCCAUUAUGGAACAGUUGCAGAAACAAAAGUUACUAACCAAAGAACAAUUAAAUCUGAACUAUGGGGACAUAUCUUUGCCGGCCACUCCAGCUCAGGUAUUGGCUGGCCAUGUUUUACAAAUUGUUUGGCCUGUAGUGGAAGAGCUUGAGGAAAUGCAUGGUCUUUUGAAAGAUAAUGAAAGCCAUAAUCAUCUUUUAUGUGAUCAAAUUAAACGUUCGCUGGGCUCUGUAAUGGGAGAUGUCUUAAGAGAAGCUUUUCCUCGACAGAGCAAAGGCCAAAGCCAGGAAUUGCAUGGAGUUAUAGAAAGAAUAAGGGAAUUCGACAGAGAACUGCAUACAUAUGUGGAGAUUUUGAAUAAGAAAUCGGAAGAUAAUAUGGAAAUGUCUGCUUCCAAUAGAACAGAUAGAAUAUUCAAAACCAAACAUAACUACACCCAAAAUGCUGACUCAUACGCAUCAAGAAGAGGAGAAAUCCUUCGUUUAGAGGUAGGCUCCAUUACCAAACCUCGAAGUUUAGUGGCCACAACUAGUUUUAUGACUCCUGAUCACGACUCUGGCAUAUAUAUUUGUGGGGAUGGCGACAUUUCUCAUGGAAAGCCCUUCCAAGUCAUCAAUGUACAAAAUCCUCAUUAUUUAAUGGAAUUGCGUGUAAAGCAGGAGACUCUAUUAAUAUUCAUAGAAAACUGUUGUGAAGUUCAAGUUUGGCGUUAUAAGGGUACCCAAGGAUUUAUAAAAUUUGCCACCAUCCCAAGUGAUAUGUCGGUUCAACAGAUACUUACCAUGCCAUUGCCUAAUGAAGAUGGGAAUCCCCGUUACUAUUUGGGUUUAUUAUUACCCAAUAAGCUGAAAUUCUAUGAAAUUUUAGUACAAGGAAUUUCAAGGCAACCUCCUACAUUACCUUGUGCUUGAGUGAAUGUUUUUUCUUGCUUCUCCCAUUUAUUGAUUUAAUAAUUUGUUUUUAAAUUUAUUUGUUUAUUUAUUCAAUUCUUAUUUGCUUUACCAUAAAAUCAGCCUUAAAACUAUUUUAAGUUUUUUUUUGUUUUUCUAUAAAUCGUUUACAUGUGACUUCUUUUGUUUCUAAGAGGAUUUUUCUCAUAAUUAGGAAAAAAUUCUCCUUGCCUUCUUGUUUAAGUUU